AGCUGUCGGGAUGAAAUGAUCUGACAAGUAGAUACCAGAAAGGGUGUCCUUGUUAGCGUGCCAUCCUGUUCUAUCCUCAGGGACAGUGAUGUGACAGGAAUGUGAAUUCUACUCAAGGGACUCUUACUACUCCAAGGCGUCCUACGUCAUCAAAGACCUCAGAUCAAUUCCUAUCAACACUUUGCAAGUGGACAAGGUCCUGAUCAAUUCCUGUUGUUUGUGAAGCUCUGCGACAGCAGGAGAGUCACCAUGGAUGUCACGUCCCCGCUGCUCCUCCUCCUCCUCACCGUCCUGUCCUCCCUCCCCUCCUGCUCCGCAUCCAUGCUGUGUCCAAAGCGGUGCACCUGCCAGAACCUACUGCCGUCCUACACGGUGCUUUGUGCGAAGACAGGCCUCCUGUUUGUCCCACCCAACAUCGACCGACAGACAGCUGAGCUCAGACUGAUGGACAAUUUCAUCACCACGCUGAGGCACCGUGAUUUCGCCAACAUGUCCAGCCUGAUCCACCUGACCUUGAGCAGAAACACCAUCAGCCAAAUCCGACCGUACGCCUUCGCCGACCUCCAAGAUCUUCAUGCACUCCACCUGGAUGCCAACCGCCUUACCAUUCUGGAUGACUCCCACUUCCAGGGUCUGGUUAACCUUCGACACCUCAUACUGGCCAACAACCAGCUGCACAGCAUCUCAGAGGGAGCGUUUCAGGAUUUCCUGGAGACUCUAGAGGACUUGGAUCUAAGUUACAACAAUCUGGUGGACAUUCCCUGGGAGACCAUUGCACUGCUGGUCAGCGUCAACACCCUUAGCCUCGACCACAACCUCAUCGAGAGCGUCCCCGAGGGAAUCUUCUCCAACCUGCACAAGCUGGCCAGACUUGACAUGACAUCCAAUAAGCUGAAGAAGAUCCCUCCAGACCCACUGUUCCUGCGGAUCCCGGUCUACGCUAAGAUGAAGGGGUCUCCUCUGACAGCCUUGGUGUUGAGUUUUGGUGGGAAUCCUCUGCACUGUAACUGUGAGCUGGUGUGGCUACGCAGACUGACCAGAGAGGACGACCUGGAGACCUGCGCUUCACCAAGAGACCUCACUGGAAAAUACUUCUGGACUAUCAGAGAGGAGGAGUUUGUUUGCGAACCGCCGAUGAUAACCCGUCAUACCUCCAAGAUGUUUGUGAUGGAGGGUCAAGAGGUCAGCCUGCGCUGUAAGUCCAUUGGAGACCCAGAACCUUCUACACACUGGGUCAGCCCAGAUGGAAAGCUGAUCAGCAAUACCUCCAGAACCACCUGUUAUGAGAACGGUUCACUGAAUAUCUUCAAGGCCUCCAUCAAGGAUUCUGGAAAGUUCACAUGCAUCGCAUCUAAUGCAGCUGGAGAAUCAACCACUCAAGUAGAACUUGUCGUAAACCCUUCACCACAUUUUGACCCCAAACUGGACCUCGACCCGGGACCGUCAGACAUCCCCACAUCCAUUAAGUCGAACAUCAGCGGGGGCCAGGCCCGGUCCGACCAGCAGAGGGUCAGCGUCUCCGAGUUAUCGUCCAGUUCUGCAACAAUCAGAUGGCCUCUGCAGAAUCACAUACCCGGGGUCCGCAUGUACCAGAUCCAGUACAACAGUUCCACUGAUGAUAUCCUCAUAUACAGGAUGAUUCCAGCCAACCACAAGUACUUUCAACUGAGUGACCUGGCAUCAUCGAGGGACUACGAGCUGUGUGUGUUGGCUGUCUACGAUGACGGCAUCACCGCCCUGACAGGCACCAAACUGGUGGGCUGCGUGUCAUUCACCACAGAGACAGAAUACGGGCGCUGCCACUCGAUAAGAGACCAGUUCCUGGGUGGAACCAUGAUCAUCAUCAUCGGCGGGAUCAUCGUCGCCUCCGUCCUCGUUUUCAUCUUCAUCCUGCUGAUGAAGUACAAGCUGCAUAGUAACCACUACAAGCAGAAAGCAGCCGCACGCCACGCCAACGUCUGCUCCCAGACCAAUGGAGGAGGAGGAGGAGGAGCCAAUGUUCUUGCUCUGCCUCCAUCCUCCUCUUCUGGAGGUCAAGGUGGAGGUGUCAAUAAAAACUGUCAACCAUCAUCUUCAAUGGCAGCAGAAGGAGGAGCGUCUGUUCGGGGGACGACUGUAGUGGACUUAAAUCCUACCCAUGAUGAUGAUGCCAUCUCCCAAUAACACAAAUCUUCAGUCACAAACCAUAAUCCACAUAUCUUGAAGUCAAAACCAAUACUCCAACUCCUUCCCCCUUGUUUUUGAUUUGUUGCCGGUGCCUGGAGCCAAACUCCACUGUAAGCUGAGGAGCUGCUCUUGUCAUUGAUUUUCUUAUGUUCAGUGCUGGAAGGACAGGAGGCAAGCGAGGUAUCCCAGCAAUGGGCAGAUCCUUCCAGGAAACCCCAGAGAAAUCCUCCACGCAUAUAUCUGAUCCAGAUAGGUUCCAGUGGAAUGUCCUGUUAGGAGCAGAUAUGGGCAUGGAGCAGAGCAACAUGGAAAAGUCUACUCAGUCUGCACAAUUGGUACAGGACAGUCUGAACAGAGGUUCCACUCUGGACUUUUAACCUUGCUUGGAGCACGGUUCUUAGCCAAAUGGAUAGAUGGAACUGCUGCAAACACACUGGGAUCUGUAUCCUGAUGGUGAUGAAAAGGACUGAAUUCCUUUCUGCUCCACAUGGACUCAUGUGGUGGAUAUUCUGUUCUGGGAAUAUGCUGAGUGGAUUAAGACAGAAUAAGGAAAACAGUUUGGUGAUGUUCUGAACAUUCUCGGUUGCCAAUUGAUGGCGCCACUCUUCUCUUUCCCCAGCAUACAGUCAUAUGCCAAAGGAUUCCACGGAGUUACAACAGCAGUGUCACAAGUUUGGGAAAAUAUGCAGACUAAUCUCUUAACAAGCAAAGAGAAUAAAUAACAUUGGGCCUUGGAUUAAAAAUAUAAGCACACUGUUAAUGUAUUGUCUCAAAGCAUCAAUAAUAGUAAACUGUCGGACUUCAAACUCUAAUGGUUUUCAUACCAUCUCUCUUCAGUCACUGGUUUCAUCUGAAUAGUAUAUUCUACAGUAUUAGCAGUCAAACUCUUGUGGCUGCACAUGCCUUGGACAACACUGAAAUACUGUGUCUGCAUCAAAGAUGGACUGGUCAUCCAUCACAUUAUUAAAAAAAGAAACCCUGGUGUCCCUAGGACAGAGCCUUGAGGAAUGCCAGCCGCAAUUCUCAACAGUUCCAACUCUACAUUUGGAGAUGAUUUCUGAUUUUCUGUUUGAAACUAGGAAGAAACUGUUUGUGUAUGAAACAGAGGAACUUGACCGUAAGUGUUCCUACUUGUACUGCAAACUGGCAUGUAUUACGCUCUUUGAAAAGAUGGCCAGCAGAACUGUGUCCCACCCCCUCUUCCUCUUUGCCGUUUGACAGUGUCUGUGUUUGUAUGUGACAUACACCUUAAAGUCUUCAAUGGUUUGAUACCCAUAAUUUACUUUGAAUAUAAUGAAACAAAAUGACCACAAUAACAGAAAAACAUGCAAAAUGGGGAUUUUAUGCUUUCAUAGAUACAAUUAUGUGGAUUUAUAAUGAAAUAAAAAGUAUUUUUCUU